UAGCUCUCCGUCAUCCUGCUCUGUGAGCGCACCGGAGGCUACUGCGGUAAGAUGCGGCGACGCACGAUGCCGAGCGGUGGAUGACAUGAUGCGCAAUGGCCGAACGAGUGGGGGUGGGGGGUGGGGGGACACGGAAAUAAGAUUCACUGCGUGGUGUUCAGAUCUAUUUUAGACGAUGGGACAGAAGUGAAUGCAUGGUUCGCUCAUUUGCAGUGGUGUAGCGCCAGUGUGUGCAGGCCGAUUGGAAGGAUGUGGCGGCGCUGAUCCCACCAAAGGACGCUCCACAGCCCGGGGACGGUUGUGUAAAGGCUUCGUCAGUAAACAACAAGGAAGCACAAAGACAUUAAGUAAAGGACACUUAAUUCAGAGACUGGACCGGAGACACCGAGGCAUCGAAUGAGCUAAGGAACAAGCAAACCUUUCAUCGGGGCAUCCCUUUCAGGACAUAGGCUGGGGACAGUGGUUUUCCAGGUGGUUGUAUGACAGCUGAGUCAGUCCUCAUUGAGAAAGCCUGUCCGACAGAGAGGGCAGUGAAGCAGGCAUCUUUUCACUUCUCACUAUUCUCUCUAUGAUCUGCGCUGACAGCUGGACGUCUGACCUGGGCGUUCCUUUUCUUCGUCAGGAGACUCUCAAAGUGAAGGAGCGAUUAAGGGGAAACAGAAGCACAACUACAUCACGCUGUCAGGAAAACAACCCAUUCUAUUUUUGUCUUAGUGUCCAAAAACUCAGAUGUCGUUAGAAUGAACUGAGUCAGCUCUCUCUUGCAGUGUCAAGUAAAUAUAUUCUCCCUUGUCAGAAUGAAUCAAUAAGACAUUCUCAAGCGUAUUUCAACUACUGCGUAAUGCUUUUUUUCCAAACUGUGAUCUUUUUACAUUUGAGCUUUCCACGCUCUGAAUCAAGAAUAGACUCUUGAUAGGGCCAGCGUUCCCACUUACAAAUGAGAAUUCAACCAGACCCGACAGGCUGCAUUUUAGCAAAGUAUAAGCGAGGACGAACCAAUAAAACAUAAAUGAGGCCAACAACAAGCACCAUGCUCCAGCAGAAUAACAACAACAACUACCCCUGCCUGAAUGUGUCGGGCUCCACCCGGGAAAUGCUCCAGAAGUGCUCCAGAGCCUCUCUGCCCUUCCCCAGCCGACUGGAGCUGGGCCUGGGAGACCUGCCGCUGAUCCGGGGCCUCCGAGCCUGGGCCCUGUGCUCCAAGAGUCGCCGAAAGGCUGGUGGUAUGCUGGGAGGAGGACAAGCCCCCACAGCUCCUCCUGCGGUCCGCGGGGGUUCGACUUCCUGCCCCAGGCCUGCAGAUGUGUACCUGAGCGGGGAGUGGGGUCGCAUGGGGUACGGGCUUCCCUUGGGACUGGAUGCCAGGCAGGCUGGGAUCGGAGCUUUGGUAACAGUUGCCACUCUGAAGACCUCAGAGGGCAGUGGGAAGACCCAAACUCAAUGCCUCUUCCUCCGGACUGAGAAAGGGAGCUGUUUGUACUCCACAGCUAAGCCCAGUUCUGGUGUGACUAACAGUGCCGCCUCCAGCGUGGUUGGUGGAUGGCUGAGAGGGAAGACAGGAGGAGGAGGAGGAGGCAGAGACAUCCCAACCGGGAGAAGGGACAAUGGGCCAACUCCGCCAGCACAUACCGGAGUAAACCGGGUUAGGGUGCGAUCAGGCCGGAGAUGGAGGAAGUCCAGUAAUGCAGCAGCACGGGAGAAAACAGGCUUGAGCAGAGAGAGGCAUCAGAGUAGCAGGGAGGAUCCUGCCGGAGAAAUCCCUCUGGAAGAAAGGCAGGAAGAGCGAGACAAAGGAGGCCUGGCCAGUAAACAGUUUCCCAGCCCGCAGCAGGACAGCAGGAGAGCCAGACAGGAGAAAGAGGGAGCAUGCAGAAGUCCUAGAUGCUGCCACAAUGCUUCUCUCAAAACCUGUACUCAGUGUGGGAGGAAAGCACAGAGGAGGGAAAGCCAGGAUCAACACGAGGGAGGUGAAAGUCCAAGAAGAGGCAUCUCCAACAGGCUGAAUAGUGAGGUGAAAGGAAUGAGGAAGGAGAGGCAAAAUAACGAGGAGGAGGAGGAGGAAGGCCUCUGCACAUUAGAGUCAUCUAACUCUGUUUUGGCUGUGCCAAACCCUGACCUAGAAUUGAACCACUUUCCCCCAGAAUCUCACAGCGGCUGUGAUGUUGAAGCGAUUAGAGAAGCCGAGAGCAACGAGGAGCUAAAGAUACAAACCUCUCUCGGCAAGGACGACUAUUCAGAGAGAGGGGAGGAUACAAACUCUGAGGUUAGGAAAAUACAUGGCGGAUUUUAUGAUUUAAUUCAUGGCCACUCUGGACCGGUGACAGAUGACUUCACAUCAAGACAUACCAGAUAUUGUGACAGAACACAAAGUGUAAAAGAAGUAAUAGCAGCUAAUGUUAAUGGAUUUUCUGAUCACGUUGAUGCAGUUCAAGAAUCAGAAAAAAAAAUGGAGAGUAUAGAUGUUGAAGAGGAGGAAGGGAGCUUCAAUCAGACACCUGCAGGAUUCUCGGUUGUAUCUGACUGCUAUGAGGACGUCUCUGUCUCCACCUGCCCUGCCCUCAUCAGCACUGCAGUCUCCCCUGAGCACUCUGCCGCUGUAGAGGGCAGCAACUGCAAUGCUGACCGUGACACUUGUGGUGGUUGGAGAGACCAAGAGAGCAGCAGAGAAGAUUCCCUUGAGGGGUCUCAACAAGGGGUUGCAUACCCAGGGACUAUUACGGGUAAAGAAGAACUGGAUAUAAGCAGAUUUGAGCAACAAGAGCUGAACUGUGUGGCUGAUGAGGACAACACUGGGAGCGAGAACAAAAACAGAAAACCUCUGUUGUUCUUUCAAUCUGUGGGAAAAGGCAAAGAGCUGGAGAAGAGAGAAGCUCCAUCAUCGCCUCUCAGACACGUAGCUCCUACCAUUUUUGAGACAAACAGCAGAAACGUUACAGAAAACAGUUGCCACCGUUGUAUAACGGAGCGUAAUGGAGCAGAGCGAAGAGGUGAGCUAGUGUGGGAUGUUAGAGAAGAGGAGUCACAGGAGGAGAAUAUAGGGGAGAGAGUAAAUCCUAGGGAAGGGGAUGAAGCCGGGGAGAUUUGGAGAAGGGAGUGCACCUGCAACGAGCCGGGCGAUGGAGAGGGUAAAGGCAAUGACGACAAAGAACGACUCCCUGAGUGUGACUUGAAAGAUAGUACCAUACAGGAUAAUGACGAAGAAGUAACGAAAAACUGUGCAUUAAAAGACAACUGCGGGUCUGCAGAGGGAUGCAGUGGAAGGAGGAAAGAGGUUGGAGCCACCUGUGGACAAACAAGCAUCAGCCAUGUUGAAGCGAGCGGAGAGACCAGCACCAACGUCACAAAUGUUGCUUGUGCUGAUCCUUCCACCUCUCUUGCACACUCCCUGGCUAAUCCUGCCCCUUUGUUGCCUCUCCUGGGAUCCAUGGCAACAUUCCUGCCCCGUCUGGAGACGGAAGAGAAAGAGGCGAAGGAAGGGGUCGGCGUGCCAGCAGGAGACUUAAAAGAAGGCCAGGAAGGGAAGAGGAGGCUCGGGAGACAGGUGGAAGAGCUGGGCGAGGAGGCGAGGGGCUCCACCGUGGCCACUGACGAGGGGAGGAAAGAGGAGGAAGACAAGGAGGAAGAUGAGUUUGGAGUAUUCAUGCAGGCGGAGGGAGAGCAAGCCUGCAGCGAGGGAUACACCAUGUCUGCCUCAGUGCCUUGUGGGAGUAGAGAAAGUGUUGCACUUGGAAACCACGCCAUCACCGGGGAGUCGACCCACUGGACGCCAGGCUGGACAGACAGCUCCUUCCGCCAAUCAGACGACACCUGGACAGCUUUUCCUCAGGAUUGGUCAGAUGAAGGCCGAGACAUGGUGGGACAGUGGUGGCCAACCAGCGCCGUGGAGGAGAGCAGAAACAGCCUCUCGGCCAAUCAGAAUCUGGCGGCUGUCUUUGCUGAAGCCUUCCCCUCGCCUGCUUCAUCUUCCAGUGACCCCUGUGAUCACGAUACUGUUCCCACACUGACCAAGCUCCUCAGGGGCAGAACCAGCCAGGACCAGGGGCUGUUAGACAGUUACCAUGACUUGAACAAAAUGAUAUGCCAGAGAUACAAGAGAGAGAGUGGCGUGUCUCGUGAGCUGCUGCUGAGGACUUUGCACCUGGAGCAGCCGCACACUGAAAGCAGACCUGCCCCCUGGACAUCCAAUCGCCGUCUCUCCCCGGGCCUCCCCUCGGCCAAUCAGCAUGCUCAGAAUGCUGCCGCUAAGCGACGGCUGUCCUAUGACUACAACAGAAACAUCAUGGAGUAACUGUGCGGGUUCAGCUGUGGUUGGACUGGGAUUGAUCAGCGUUUUUCUGAAGAACUGCAGGUUUUGACCCCACCAGGGCACAACAGACCAACAGCAGGUUUCUCAAGACUCUGGACUGACAACAUGUGUACUGUCUGCAGUCCAACACUGAUGCAUACCCUCCCUGGCUCAUUAAGCCUGAGCCGCAGAGAAGCCGUACCCUGGAUGAAAAUGGAGUGACGCUUGUGUUUCAGAUCUUGUCUACUCCAGCUCCUGUAGACGGGGGAGUGUUUCCAUUACACGUGUGCCACUUGUCUCCCCCC